CAGUUGCGAGAGAAACUUGGAAGAGAAGAACCGGCCGUUACCCAGCGUUUUCUUUACAAUUCGAAGAGUCUAUCGCGCGGCAUGGACAUUAUUUCGCGCGACUCCAUUCUGUCAUAUGUAGUUACCCAGCGGAUUUUUCUUCUUUUAUUUAAAAGUACUUCUUCUAUACACAAUCAUAGCUUCUUGAAUUUCCGAUGAAGAUGACUUACGGUUUACUGGAUAGCAUGGUUCCCCACUACCUCCCACUACAACACGACUCAACAGAGGAAACAAACAUGCUGACCGUACUGCCUCAACAUAUGUUGGCCCAACCAGGAGUACCACAGCAUGGAAUAAAUAUUGCUGCAACUCCAGAAGAUCAAAAGGAGAAGAAAAGAAAAAUCGAUGCCAAGUAUCGACAACGUUGUAAGAUAAGGAAAGAAGAGCUGGGGAUUAACUUGCAAAUUCUUCGGGAAGAAAAUGCUCAUUUGAAGAGGGAGAAUGAGUCUUGUAGGAAAGAAAAUGAUUCAAUGGCUCAAAAAUUGCAGUCAAAAGAAGUUGAAAUAGGGAACCUUAAAAGAGAUAUUGGCAACUCAAAGAAAGCUAUUUCUAAUCAAGAAAAUCUGUUGGAGUCACUGUCACAAAACCCUUUUGUGCAACAACUAAUGGAUAUUGAGAGGCAAUUUCUUCUAAAAGGGACAUCAAUUUGCUGAUGUGGUGGUUAGGGGUUAGAACCAGUUGUGACAAAUGGAGGAUGUUUUUGGUAAUUUGAUUUCUCGUAAAUUUAUUUAUUUAUGAAAAAAAAUGGGAUCGGGUUUUUUUUUUUUUAAUUUGAACUUUAAUUUUAAUUUGAGGAUGACUCCAUUACAAAUUGUAAGAAUACUCCAUCAAAAGUUAUUGUAAUUGAUAAAUGGGGUUGGGGAACAAAGGGUGCUCGUCCUUUUUCUUAUAGAUAGAAAAAAAGUUCCCCAUAUUUUCUUAAUAGUAGCCUAUUGGCCAUUUAUAAUUUCUCUUAGAUAAGAUUUUUUAAAAUUUAUCUGCUAUCAACCGAUAAGAUCUUUAAAAAUUUAUCGGCCAAUAAAACCAAGUCCUCAACAACAGGUUAAAAGGGUUGUGUUUCACAUGGUACCGCAGUGACCUCGUCAAACAAUGCAGCGCUUUGUGUAGUCUUCGUCAAUGGUGGAUACUACCUUCAUUUUAAAAAGAACUCAGCUCGCCCAUGAUUCCUCACAACCAUAUCUCACCAACAAACCCUCAAAUUAAAUGCAUUCAGCCGUCCAGUUCAGAUGCUAUUCAUCAGAAACUAUGAAUAUUUCUGCUGGUGCUAACAACUGUUCUGGUCUUGACAUUAUUAUGGG